AUGCAGCUCGAGACAAACAGCACUGUCUAUGGCCGGACAACGAAUCCUUACAACCGGGAAUAUACAUCCGGUGGUAGCAGCGGGGGCGAGGGUGCAUUGAUCGGUAUGAGAGGGAGUGUUUUCGGUAUUGGCGGGGAUAUAGGUGGGAGCAUCUGUGUUCCGGUGGCUUUGAACGGGAUAUAUGGGUUCAAGCUCACGACGAAUCGAUUCCCCGGCGUAGAAUCUAGGGCACCCAUGGCGGGAAGUGACACUAUCCAUGGUGUGAACGGGCCUUUGGCCGCCGACCGUGAGGCCCUCGAACUUCUAAUGAAGGUCGUUCUCGAUGCGAAGCCCUGGCGAAAGGACCCCUUAGUCAUCCCCCAACCCUGGACCCAUUACACCUUCGGGCACCCUCUCAAGAUUGGUAUCCAAAUGUCAGACGAGAUGGCCACGCCCCAUCCCCCGGUUCUUCGCGCUCUCCGCGGCUUGUUUUUCCCCGACGGCGGUGAAGAUGUAAUGAACGUGCUCGCCGAAGUCCAGGAACCGGUGCUGCCACUGACAAACUGUAUCACAAAAGAGCAACCCAAUGUCAGAAGCCGAGAUCUGUCCGAGCUAUGGGAGAUCUGCUGCCAACGCGACAAGUGCCGAGCUGAAUACGCCCGACACUGGGCCAACACUGGCAGUGAGGAUGGCAGAGAAGCAGACGUCGUUCUUGGCCCCGCGUAUCCCGGCGCAGCACCUCCACAUGAGUGUACUUGUUGCUGGCCAUAUACAUCGACAUGGAACCUGCUUGACUACCCUGCCGCCGUAUUCCCUGUUACCGUGGUUUCCCCCGAGGACGGUAAGGACAUGUCCUAUGUACCUGGCUACCGCAGCAACUGCCCUGUGGACACCACUCUCGAACCUGAUGUGCUCCAACCGUGGUCUAACCGUCUUCACAUGGCUUGCCAACCUUAA